AUGUCCAGGAAACGUCCAGCAGCAGAAAUGGGAGGAAGUCCGAGCAGCAUGAGAGUUGGUUUUGUGGGUUUGGGUGCCAUGGGCUACCACAUGGCUGGGCACAUGGCCAAGUCCCACAGCCAGUGUUUGGUUUGGAAUCGCACGAAGACCAAGGCCCUGCAGCAUUCCCAGGAGUUUGGCUCCAGUGUGGCGGACAAGCUGCAAGACUUGGCAUCCAGUCAGGUGUUGAUAUUUUGCUUGCCAACCUCCGAAGAGGAUGAAACGAUUGUUGAGCAGGUGGCUCCUCAUUUGGCCAAAGAUGCUUGCGUGGUCUCUUGCACCUCAGGUGCCCCUGCUGUCACCAAGCGACUAUCCCACUCCUUGAAGGAGAGGUUUGGCGUCCACUUUUUGGAUUGCCCCGUAAGUGGCGGACCUCGUGGUGCUGCAGCAGGAAGCUUGACUUGCAUGCUGGGCAGUGACAGUGAAGAAGCCACAAAGAUGGUAUUGCCAGUGCUGAAAACCUUUGCUCAGAAGGUGGUCCAUUGUGGUCCUAGUGGUGCUGGCCAUGCUGUAAAAGCCGUCAACAAUGCUCUCAAUGUUACUCACCUCAUGCUGGGUGCAGAAGGACUCUUGGCUCUCCAGAAACUUGGUGUGGAUCCAUCUGUGGCUUUGGACGCGAUAAAUGGCUCCAGUGGUCGCAGCCUUCAAACAGAGCAACGACUGCCACAGGAAGUUUUGACUCGGCGUUUUGGUUAUGGCUUCAAGCUGCCCUUGAUGGCCAAAGACUGCCGCAUUGCUGCAGAUGUUCUCAAGGAAAUGCCAUCGGCACAGUUGCUCCCAAGAUCCGCUCAGCUAGUGCAAGACUUUGCCAAAGAACAUGGCCCUGAUGCAGAUUACACCUAUGUUGUGAAAUCCAUUGAGAAAGCUGCGGGUAAAGAGAUCAGCGCUGUAAAAGGCAACGAAAAGUGA